UGGAGGCUGGCAGGGCGGGGUCAUCUGCCAGCUAGGCCUGUAGGACUUGGUUUUUGUUUAUUCCACUCACACUCGGGGCAGUUGCCAGGACCCGCCCCCGCUGCAGUCGCUGGAGGAGCUGGAAGUUUAACGUUCCUGCUGAGAAUCAAUCAAUUGGUGUGUUUUCUUUGGCUGCUCCUAGGUGGGGGCUUGCUGUGGUCUAGCCUGGAAAGAAGGUCUAGCCCAAGUCCAGCCUGAACAGAACGAGCCUGUCGCCAUGCCGGCUUGCUGCAGCUGGAACGAUGUCUUGCAGUAUGAGACAAACAAAGUCACCCGGAUCCAGAGCGUGAAUUAUGGCACCAUCAAGUGGGUGUUGCACAUGAUCGUCUUUUCCUAUGUUAGCUUUGCUUUGGUGAGUGACAAGCUGUAUCAGCGGAAAGAGCCCGUUAUCAGCUCCGUGCACACCAAGGUCAAAGGCAUUGCAGAGGUGACAGAGAGUGUCACGGAGGGUGGGGUGACGAAGUUAGUGAGCAGCAUCUUUGACACUGCGGACUACACCUUCCCUUUGCAGGGGAACUCGUUCUUUGUAAUGACAAAUUAUCUCAAGUCUGAAGGCCAAGUGCAGAAGCUGUGUCCUGAGUAUCCCAGCCGUGGUGCACAGUGCUCUUCCGACCUGGGUUGUAAGAAGGGAAGGACGAACCCUCAAAGCAAAGGAAUCCAAACUGGCAGGUGUAUUCCAUACGACCAGACCAGGAAAACCUGUGAAGUCUCUGCCUGGUGUCCUGCUGAGGAGGGGAAAGAAGCUCCCUGGCCUGCACUCUUGAGAAGUGCUGAAAACUUCACCGUACUCAUCAAGAACAAUAUUGACUUCCCGGGCCACAACUAUACUACGAGAAACAUCUUGCCAGAUAUGAACACUUCUUGUACCUUUCACAAGACUUGGAACCCUCAGUGUCCCAUCUUCCGACUAGGGGACAUCUUCCAGGAAGCAGGAGAGAACUUUACAGAGGUGGCAGUUCAGGGAGGAAUCAUGGGCAUUGAGAUCUACUGGGACUGCAACUUGGACAGCUGGUCCCAUCACUGUCAACCCAAAUACAGCUUCCGCCGCCUGGACGACAAGUAUACCAACGAGUCCUUGGUCCCCGGCUACAACUUCAGAUAUGCCAAGUACUAUAAGGAGAACAACGUGGAAAAGCGGACAUUGAUCAAAGCCUUCGGCGUCCGUUUUGACAUCCUGGUUUUCGGCACCGGAGGAAAAUUUGACAUCAUCCAGCUGGUUGUGUACAUUGGAUCCACCCUGUCCUACUUUGGCUUGGCCACUGUGUGCAUUGACUUGCUCAUCAACACAUACUCCAGUGCCUUCUGCAGGUCGGGGGUUUACCCCUACUGUAAGUGCUGUGAGCCCUGCGUAGUGAACGAGUACUACUACAGAAAGAAGUGUGAGCCCAUCAUGGAGCCCAAGCCGACGUUAAAGUAUGUGUCCUUUGUGGAUGAGCCCCACAUUCGGAUGGUGGACCAGCAGCUGCUUGGGAAAAGUCUACAGGCUGUCAAAGGCCAAGAAGUUCCAAGACCCCAGACGGACUUCUCAGACUUGACUAGGCUGUCCCUAUCUCUCCACGACUCGCCCCCGAUUCCUGGACAAUCUGAAGAACUGCAGCUGCUCCGUGAAGAGGUGGCCCCUAAGUCCGGGGACAGCCCAAGUUGGUGCCAGUGUGGAAACUGCCUCCCGUCUCGACUGCCGGAGAAUCGCAGGGCCCUGGAGGAGCUGUGCUGCCGGAGGAAGCCGGGACAGUGCAUCACCACCUCUAAGCUCUUCCGUAAGCUCGUCCUGUCCAGAGAAGCCCUGCAGCUCCUCCUGCUUUACCAGGAUCCCUUGCUGGUGCUGGAGGAAGAGGCCAUCAACAGCAGGCUGCGCCACUGUGCUUACAGGUGCUAUGCCACCUGGCGCUUCGGCUCCCAGGACAUGGCUGACUUUGCCAUUCUGCCCAGUUGCUGCCGCUGGAGGAUCCGGAAGGAGUUCCCCAAGACUGAGGGGCAGUACAGUGGCUUCCGGUAUCCCUACUGAGAUUAUGGCUGACGCAUUAUGGUAGCUCCUAAUACAGCUUCUCUUGGAAAGACCUAGAGACAUGGUUUCAGCCAACGGGAACUUAAGUUUUGCUCGCUUGUAGUCCGUGUUGAAGAAGAGCCGAUUAGAACAACCACGAGCGUACAAACCCUCUCCACAUGUAUGAGAACUGGAUGCCGAUCUGAGCCUGCAGCCUGGCUCUGGACUGUGGUGCCAGCCUCAGCCUAUAAUGUGUACAUAGGCUCCUCGUAUUCCGACCUCCCCGACCUACUUUCUCUGAACUAAUAUUGUGGAGAUGGUGAAGGUGGCCUUUCCUGUCCAAGUUUACAGGGCUCCGUGGAUGUAAAGGUCCAACCCUGAAAAGCAAACCCUCUGAGACUUGAAAGUACUCUGAGAAAUUAAAUAUGGCCACAAAUUCUUGGACAUCCCCCUCCAACCUAAUCCUAAAGACUCAAAGGUGUUGUUUCCCCUCCCCGUUAUGAGUAACUCUGGCGGCUUCAUCCAGUAGUGGAUGUGACGUUACAUCUAUUAUUUCGGGCUCUUGUUUUAAAAGGCUAACAGCUUCUGAUUUCUGUGCUUGGAACUCUUGCUAAGAGAAGAAGCCAGGCAAGUAAAGAGUCUGACUGUAGACGCUUCUCUGCUGUGAGGAAACCCAAGCAGCUCCAGGGAGAAAGACCCAACCCAGCUCAUCACCUCUAAGUCCUGUCACCACACGGGGAAAGAAGCCAUCACUUUCAGGUGAUUCCAGACCCGUGACGGAAACUGCAGGAGACGACUGCCCAGUCAGCCCAUUACGUUUUGGGGAGGGGGCUUGGCACACAGCAAUAGGCAACUGGAACAAGAGAUGCUGACUAUAGGCCCAGAGUCAUUACAAAAUGUAGUGACUACUUCUAUUGGGCAGUUGUAAGAGGUCACAUUAACCAGACUAGGAGCCAUCACAUCUAACUGCAUACAAGGUACAGUCUGACCCACACUGCUAGCCUGUGGUUCCAAGUGACUGCUAUUGUCCGAAACUGGUAAAAGCUUGCCUCUGUGCCUUUCACGUCCUGGACUGUACAGCCAGAGAGUCCGAGGUAAUCUGAAUGCUACUUUAGAAAGCAGCCCAAGCUUUCUAAAGUUUCUGCAGGUGCAGAGUAAACACAUGCUCAGAAGGCUGACUCAGGAAGAUUAGACAUUCUAGGCCACAUUGCAAGACCAUGUCUUUUUUUUUUUUUUUUUAAGAUUUAUUUUAUGUUUGCGUGUUUUGCCUGCAUCAAGGGCAUGCCUGGUGCCUGUGGGGGUCAGAAGAGAGUGUCAGAUCUCCUGGAACUGGAAUCGCAGGUGGUCAGGAGCCACCAUGUGGGUGCUGAGAAGUGAACUCGAGUCCUCUGAAAUAGCAACAAGGACUCUUAACUACUGAGCCAUCUCUCCAUCUUCAAAACCAAUAUCUUAAAAUCAUAAUCAUAAUAAUUAAGAAGAGAGGGGAAGAGUGGCUAGGGAGAUGGUCCAGUGGGUUACCAUUUUCUGCUCAAGCAUGAGGACCUAUGUUGGGAUCCCAGCAUCCACAUAAAGUCUGGACGUGGCCUGUCAAGAUGGCUUGGCCGGGGUGGGGUAAGAGCUUGCCAUGCAAUCUGAUGACCUUGAAACCCAUGGUAAAGUAGAGAACUGUGUUCUCUGACUUCCACAUGGACCACACACACACACACACACACACACACACACACACAUCAUACAUGCACACUAAUAAUAAAUAAAGUAGAUUUAAUUUUUAAGGAAAGCCAGUAAGUAUCCUUCACUGUCUUCUGCAACUGCUAAGCAUGUAAGAAUGAAUACUCACAGGUUUGGCGUCCUGCCUCAAGAUGUCUUUUUGACAGUUUUUUUCCUCUAGACAUACAUACUUAUUUCUAACAGAACAGAGACUUUGAGUAUUACGAGAUACUGUGACUGAUGAUCUGAGACUUUCAGAUCUACUCUAAGACUUGCCAUUUCGAGACUUUUUUAAGUUCCAGAAGCAAUGCUCUAAAUGGAGAGGGUGGGGCUGAGGUGGCUUGAUGAAGGAAGGCUCAUGCUCAUAGCCUGAUGGAUGACCUCAGCUCCAUCCUCGGGACCCGCACCGCGGAAAGAGCACCGACACCCACAAACUGUCCUCUGACUUCCACAUGCCAGCAUGGCAUGUGUCCGCCCCCAGUCUCCCAAUAAAUGCAUUUUAAGUUUUAAAAACAGAAAACUUCUAUUGUAGUAAUAUAAAACACCAUGGAUAAAAACUUUUUUUUUUUUAAAGCACAGCGUUUUACUUAGCUUUAAACUCAGGAAUCACAGUAUUGAUUUCCAUUUUCACUGUAUUUUUGUUUGUUUUUGUUUUUGUUUGGGGGGGGUUGUUUUGUUUUUGUUGUUGUUUUUCAAGACUGGAAGGCCCUGGCUGUCCUGGAACUCACAUGUAGACCAGGCUGGCCUUGAACUCAGAGAUCCACCUGCCUCUGCCUCCCAAGUGCUGGGAGUAAAGGUAUGCAGCACCACCGACCAGCUUGGAGAUAUUUAUUUUUUUAGUAGACUGUAUUUGACUUCAGUUGAGCUUUUCACUCCCAGCGUUCUGUGGAAGAGCCACAGGCUUCCUUUCCCUCUGAGUCUUUACGCCCUUAUCUUUGAUGCCUCCGUCCUAGUUUGAUGCCUCCGUCCUAGUGUGCCUUGUUAAGGCUUCAGACGGUGAAUGACCACUGGACCCUUCUAGCGUUUGCUUUUGCCUUGGGUCACUGGUGCUCUCCUGAGGGUGGUAUGCCACUCUGUGGAUAAAAUGAUGCUCUCUUCAGCAGCAAUGAAAUUUGCAUCUUUAUUUUCAGUCUACUGGAUGGGCAAUACCGUGAACGGAGGCUGCGAGCAGCUCAUUUUGCAGGAUAAGGUUCUUGUUGUUAGAUGUAUCCUGUUCUGUCGGUUGCCCAGUAUCGGUGCCUUCCGUGGUCAGCACUGAGAGUGCCUCCUUGCCUCAGUUCGGCUGACGUCAUGGACAAUACAGGAUGCAUUUCACUUCUCUCUUUAAAGGGAAACAUCUUUUAAACUCUUCCUAAUUUCAUGUAAGGAUUUUUUUAUUAACUAUUUUAAUAAUAAAACGAUUUCAAUUCA